AUGGUGUCAAAAGUCAUCACCAGCGCGGUCGUGGCCGGUUUGGCAGUCGCAUCUAGCGCAAGACUUGCUGGCAAAUCCUCGAUAUCGCGGCCAAACAUCGAACCGUAUCCGAAAACCCUCAGUCAUCCGCUGCCAACGUCGCCUCAGAGAAAUAAGACCUGCUCCGUCACCUCCAGAGGUUCUGGCGACGAUGAUGCCUCAGCCAUUCUGCAAGCUUUUAACGAUUGCAACAAUGGAGGCACAGUUGUUCUGGAUUCAGACUACACUAUUGGCACGGCGCUGGACUUGACAUUCCUCAACGGCGUCGAUGUUGCACUCUCUGGCAGCAUCACCUUCACCGACGACAUCGAUUACUGGGUCGAAAACUCGUUUAAGUACGAUUACCAGAAUUCGUCUACAUUUUGGAAGUUUGGCGGCAAGGACGUAAAUAUAUAUGGCGGUGGAAUUGGGUUGCUAGACGGCAAUGGUCAGGCCUGGUACGACCAGUUCGCAGCAGAGCCGACUCUGCUGCGACCCAUCACUUUGGUGCUCGACGGCCUGCAAGGCGGAAGCUGGUUCAACCUCAUCGCCAACAGUUCCGACAUCCUCGUCAGCGACGUAACAAUCAACGUCGGCAGCACAUCCAGCAAUCCAGCCAAGAACACAGACGGCUGGGACACCUUGCGCUCCGACUCGGUCGUCAUCCAGGACUCUAUAGUCAACAAUGGCGACGACUGCGUGUCCUUCAAGCCCAACAGCACCAACAUCGUCGUCCAGGGUCUUUCAUGCAACGGAUCGCACGGCAUCUCCGUCGGCUCUUUGGGCCAGUACCCCUUGGAGUACGACAUUGUCGAGAACGUGUACGUGUACAACAAUACCAUGUCCAACGCGGGCGACGGCGCGCGCAUCAAGGUCUGGCCUGGCAUCGACACUGCGUUCGAGCCGGGGCUGAAUGGGGGUGGUGGUGCUGGGUAUGUGAGGAAUGUUACGUAUGAGAUGUAUCAUAAUGUCAACAACGACUGGAUAAUUGAGCUCAAUCAGUGUUAUGGGCAGUCCAACACGACACUGUGCCAGAUGUAUCCUUCUAACAUGACGAUAUCGGACAUUUAUUUCCUCGAUUUCACGGGCACCUCGUCCAAGAAGUACGACCCGAGAGUUGGCACUCUCGUAUGCUCAUCAUCCGAGCAAUGCUACAACAUCCACGCUCGCAAUAUUUCCAUCACCCCGCCGAGUGGAAAGGCACCUCAGUGGAUUUGCAAUGGAUUUGACACGGUUGACUUGGAGGGGUUCAACUGUACUUCAUCUUAG